AAUGACUUUAAAUACUGUAAAGAAGAAAAUUUUUGCAACUUGUAUCAAAUGUUUUAAAACUUCUAAGGCUUAUAUUUAUCUUCAAAUAAUUUCCACAAAUAAUCUAGCUCUUGCACUUUUAAGAAUAAAUGAUGAAAGUUUUGCAAUAGUGAAACAAAAUGAAUACGACAGAAGUCGCCCAGGGCAGAAGUCGCCCAGGACAGAAGUCGCCCAGACAUUGAUAGAAGUCGCCCAGAGCUGUGACAGAAGUCGCCCAGAAGUGUGA